AUGGUUGGUUCUGCUCUAUCUAUGUUGAUUCGUAUGGAGUUGAGUAAACCUGGUUUAUUGUUAGGAAAUGCUGGUGCUAUUACUAUGUUGUUAACUGAUCGUAAUUUAAAUACUUCUUUUUUUGAUCCAAGAACUGGUGCUUUUGGUAUUAUUAGUCAGUCUUCUUUGUAUUUAACUGGUAAAAAAGAAGUAUUUGGUUCGUUAGGUAUGGUUUAUGCAAUUUUAAGUAUUGGUUUAAUUGGUUGUGUUGUUUGA